UUUCUGUGUGUCGUUCACUCAGUCCUUAUCUGUGGGGGAGGAAAAGCCCGAAUUUAUUGGAAAUAAAGAUGUUCGAGUAUUUUAUUUGAACUAAUUCGAAAUUGAUUUAGUAUUUUUAGUCAAAUAGUAUAUUCAAUAUCGGAGGUAACAAUAAAUUUUAAAACGCAGUUAUUACAGAAAUUGGUGAAUAAAUACGAACAUUUCAAUUUUGCCAAGGUGUAAGUGCUAACAUUUCAUUUUAUACGUAAUAGAAAGGAGCGUGUUAUGUAACCUUGAAUCACGGGACCUCGAUAUUGAUCAUCAUAUUUUUAAAUAAUUCAGAUUAAAUAAAAAAAGUACACACAAAUUUGACAACAUGCAUCGGGCAAGAUUAAUGCUGCAGGCUUCAAAUAAAAUAGGCAGUACAGAAAGAUUUGCAUCAUGGCUGAUCAAAAAACCACAGCCUGCCGCUAUGACAGUAAGCGCCAACAGGCUCAAAAGUUCAACAGCGGCAGAACCCUUCCUCAAUGGAUCAAGCUCAGCAUAUGUUGAGACUAUGUACAAUAACUGGCUGACAGAUCCCAACUCUGUACAUGCCUCAUGGGACGCAUUCUUCCGCAACGCGACAAACGGUGCGCAACCCGGAGUCGCGUACACACCUCCUCCCAAUCUAGCGCCGUACUCUAAAAAUGAAGUCCCUCUGACGUCACUCGUUCCGGCCGCUGGUGGUAUGCCCUCUAUUGCUUCGGGUUCACCAAUUAACGAAAAGAUCAUUGACGACCAUCUCGCUGUGCAGGCGAUCAUCAGGAGUUAUCAGUCGCGCGGUCACCUCGUGGCGAAUCUCGACCCGCUCGGCAUUACGACCGGCGACCCGGUGUCGAGCGGCGACUGGCACGGCGGCCUGCGCGCGUUCGCCAACGAGGCGGUUAUAAGGCAGCACGUGCGAUUCGAUGAAGCCGACAUGGACAGAGUUUUUAAACUGCCUUCCACGACAUUUAUUGGUGAAAAAGAAAAGGCCUUGCCGUUGAGAGAGAUCCUGAACCGCUUGGAGCAGGCGUAUUGCAACAACAUCGGUAUCGAGUUUAUGUUCAUAAACUCGUUGGAGCAAUGCAACUGGAUCCGGCAGCGUAUGGAGCCGCCGAAUGUCACCAAGAUGAGCCCCGACCAGAAGAGGCUAAUCUUGGCCCGUCUCACUAGAUCCGCUGGAUUUGAGAACUUCCUGGCCAAGAAAUGGUCAUCCGAGAAGCGGUUCGGUCUUGAGGGUUGUGAAAUCUUGAUUCCCGCCAUGAAGCAAGUUAUUGACGUGUCCACCAAACUUGGUGUCGAGUCUAUUAUCAUGGGAAUGCCACAUAGAGGACGUCUCAAUGUUUUGGCUAACGUCUGCCGUAAGCCACUUCACCAGCUGUUCACACAGUUCGCCGGUCUAGAAGCCGAGGAUGACGGUUCCGGUGACGUCAAAUACCAUUUGGGCACGUACAUCGAGCGUCUCAACCGUGUGACGAACAAGAACAUUCGUCUCGCUGUGUGCGCUAACCCAUCUCACUUGGAGGCUGUAGACCCGGUGGUGCAGGGCAAGACGAGGGCGGAACAGUUCUACAGGGGAGAUAAUGAGGGCAAGAAGGUAAUGUCCAUCCUCCUCCACGGAGACGCCGCCUUCGCGGGCCAGGGCGUGGUAUUCGAGACCAUGCACUUGUCAGACCUCCCAGCGUACACAACACACGGAACUAUCCACAUUGUAGUCAACAACCAGAUCGGAUUCACCACGGACCCUAGGCACUCGCGUUCCUCUGCUUAUUGUACCGACGUGGCGCGCGUAGUGAACGCGCCCAUAUUCCACGUGAACAGCGACAACCCGGAGGCGGUGAUGCACGUGUGCAACGUGGCGGCGGAGUGGCGCGCGACCUUCCACAAGGACGUGGUGAUCGACAUCGUGUCCUACCGCCGCAACGGGCACAACGAGGUCGACGAGCCCAUGUUCACGCAGCCGCUCAUGUACCAGAAGAUACGGAACACUAAGCCCGUUCUUGAAAUUUACGCUGACCAACUGAUCACCGAGGGCGUUGUGACCGCUGAGGAAGUGAAGGAUGUAAAAGACAAAUAUGAGAAGAUCUGUGAAGACGCGUACAACCAGGCGAAACAGGAGACCCACAUCAAGUACAAGGACUGGCUCGACUCACCCUGGUCUGGAUUCUUCGAGGGCAAGGACCCACUGAAGAUGUCCCCAACCGGCGUGGUCGAAGAGACCCUAGUGCACAUCGGCAAGCGUUUCUCCAGCCCCCCUCCCAACGCGGCCGAGUUCGAGAUCCACAAGGGUCUGUUACGUAUCCUCAAGUCGCGUAUGGAGAUGGUCGAGAAGCGUACAGUGGACUGGGCUCUCGCUGAGGCUAUGGCGUUCGGUUCAUUGUUGAAAGAGGGUAUCCAUGUGAGACUGUCCGGAGAGGACGUUGAGAGAGGCACGUUUUCGCACAGACAUCACGUGCUUCACCACCAGAAGGUAGACAAGGCUACCUACUGCCCAUUGGCGCAUCUCUACCCCGACCAAGCUCCAUACACCGUGUGCAACAGUUCUCUAUCUGAAUAUGGUGUGCUCGGCUUCGAAGUGGGGUACUCAGUGACGAACCCGAACGCGCUGGUGCUGUGGGAGGCGCAGUUCGGCGACUUCAACAACGUGGCGCAGUGCAUCAUCGACCAGUUCAUAUCCAGCGGCCAGGCCAAGUGGGUGCGCCAGUCCGGCAUCGUGCUGCUGCAGCCGCACGGCAUGGAGGGCAUGGGACCUGAACACUCUUCCGCCCGCCUGGAGCGCUUCCUGCAGAUGAGUUCUGACGACCCUGACUACAUGCCACCAGAAAGCCCCGAUUAUGAAGUGCGCCAACUCCACGACUGCAACUGGAUAGUGGCGAACUGCUCGACGCCCGCGUCGCUGUUCCACAUCCUGCGGCGGCAGAUCGCGCUGCCGUUCCGCAAGCCGCUCAUACUGAUGACGCCCAAGUCGCUGCUGCGCCACCCCGAGUGCAAGUCCUCCUUCGACGAGAUGGCCGAAGGCACGGCGUUUAGGAGAGUGCUGCCCGAAGAAGGCCCGGCGUCCGAGAACCCGGACAAGGUCCGCAAGGUCGCGUUCUGCUCCGGCAGAGUGUACUACGACCUGCUCAAGGAGCGCCGCGACAGGGGACUCGAGAAGGACAUCGCUAUUGUCAGGCUCGAGCAAAUCUCGCCGUUCCCGUACGACCAGCUGAAGAGCGAGAUCGCGAAGUACCCGAACGCGCAGCUGGUGUGGAGCCAGGAGGAGCACAAGAACAUGGGCUCCUGGAGCUACGUCGAGCCGCGCUUCCGCACGCUGCUGCGCGGGCAGCGACAGCUCAGCUACAACGGUCGCGCGACCGCCGCGUCUCCGGCCACCGGCUCGAAGGCGGCCCACAACAAGGAGCUGAAGAAUCUUCUCGACGAAUUCUGCGUAUUAUAAACGAAUAAAAUACAUAAAUUUUCUGUUUUCCCGAACCACCGUCGUCGAAACAAUCAAUCGUUUGCCGCAUAAAAUAAAAUCACUGAAGUUUAUAAAAUUCAUCUCGACCUGAACGUAAAAUUAUUCGAAUUUUUAUCUCAUGAUCCAAUUAAUUUUAUUUACUGUCAGUAUUUUUAAUAAUUCUGUUUAAUUAUAGUCAUAUAACUUAGGUAAAUUCUUAUUUAUUUUUCUGUAGAGUAAUUUGUUCAUAGGUACUAUUUAUUUUAUCGAUAUUGAAAAUAUUUAGUUAUCUCGUUGUGUCCGUUUAUUUGUUCUCGAUUAUUUUGCGAUGUAAAUAAAUGUAGUGUAGAUUAAAAAAAUUGUAGUCUAUUUGCCUUUGACAAAUUGUACUCUUACGUACGUUUUUGCAAUAGUCGAAGGAUAUACGAAGUAACGUAUCCGAUAUCACUUUAGAUAUUGCAAAUGACCUAGGAGCAGUCACGUACAAAAUAUACGUUGUUUAGAACACUGGUGUGAUAACAUAAAAUUAUCGCGGUACUUUAGUUUAGAAACUUGAAAUUGUUGUAUCAUAAUUAAUAUUAAAUACACUCGUAUGACGAUAUUGUAUCAAGAUAUUAGAUAGUAUUAUCAAUAUAAAUGUAACUAAAGUUAGAAUUAGCGUACGAGUAGAGCGUGCAAAUUAAUUUUAUUUUGCAGCUGGUUGCAUCUUUGUUUAAUUCGCUCGUAGUUACCGCGGCACGGCUGUCUGUAAGGAAUAACACCAAACAAACGUAUUAUCUUUCUCUUUAAAUAAAAAUAAUCGAUGUCUCUCGUUACUUAAAAUGUACGUAGAAAUUUAGGUAGUAAUAAAUAUUCGUAUAUCUAAAUCGUCCUUGUAACUUUUGAACUAUUGCUAUUACAAAUACACUGGCUUUGUAGCACUUUUCGUAUGUAUUAUAUGCACUGUUUUAUUGUUAUUUAAUAACCUUUAUCUAUUUUUUAAUACGCUCAGGUUGAAGGGAUGCGUGAAAGGAUGUUCUAGUUUUGGAUGGACGACUUAUGUUUGAAAGGUCCCUGAGCUAUUUAUUGCUACGUACGUUAGAUUGUCUAGUUAUACAAAUAAAUAUAUAUUCGAAGGA